AUGGAUGAUAAAGAAGACAUAAGCAGUCUUAUUUCUGAUCUUUCAGAUCUUGAAGUUGCGCUUCUAGUAUCUCUUGCUGUUCAUGAACAUUGUCUCAUUGAGACAACAAACGACUGCAUCCAUGACGUUGCGAAAGAACUGGCCCUGAUAUGCUCAAGUAUCUUCGGCCGGACGUGUAAAAUUCUUGAAUGCUCUUCGGCUACCUCCUUGGAGGAUUUUUACUCUGAAAUUCUAGUGUCAGAUGUAUUCCAGGCGAAUGCGCCGUACUCACGCCCGCGUAAGGGUGCUGAAUCUUUGUCAAUCCAUCACAAUACCACGGAGCCAAGGGAUGGUACGAGGUCGCCUGGUUUACGCAAUGUCUUUGGGGACAAGAGAGUCGUCGACGUCGUUGUCGCCAAGAACUUCAAUUAUGUUGACGAGGGUAUACAACUUCAUGCUUUGGAGUUGAUGCGCUCCAAACGGUUGAACACAAAUCAUGGCCCAAUUGAAGCUCGGCCUAACUUCCUCUUCGUCCCUCUUGUAGUGCGCAGCUCGGACCAGCUUCACCCUCGCUUGAAUCAUCACCUGAAUGACCAUCUCAUCCUCUCUCACUUUCAUGACCCUACGGACGGCUAUGUUCACCUAGAAGAAAAUACCGACUGGCUCUCAGAUGGACAGUUGUCAGCCUCGUCUGUGGUCCGUAAAUCGGAUGCUCAGCUAAAGAAUCAGAGUCUAGCAGUUGACCAAAAAGUAUGCUUUUCUUUAACCUUUGGAUUGACCUCCUGCUAA